UGGCAAACCCUGACGAUGUUUUUAUGCGCGCGCCGCUCGAACAUUCACGGCUGGAGUUUCCCUUGUGGGAGGUACUUGGGUCGGGCAGUGACGGUACUUUUCCAGCAAGCCCCAGGAACGAGGUGUUGGCAUUGAAAAGCGAAAAAACUGGCUAUACCGUUACAAACACGCAGUUAAAAGUAUAACCUGGUUGCCCUGUCCCAUCAGGUUUAAGCCAUACAAAUCUGCAGGAUUUGACCUUCUUAAAGAAUGGAUCUUGUCUCUACAUAUAAGAAUCUGGUCAAAGAUGUGAAUGUGUUCCGUUUCACUGGGGAGGCUGUGCCCUGUGAGCUCCUGCUGAUUGGACCUUCCGCCAUCCCUGUGGCAGUGAAUGAUAAAGGUCAGGUGUUGGUGGCAGCAUCCACAUACGGCAAGGGUCGCCUGGUUAUUCUGGCCCAUGAGGUUUACCUUAAAUGUCCCGAGUUUGGUCCGUUUUUAUUGAAUGCAGUUUCUUGGCUCAGUCCGACACCUGAAGCUGCUGUGGGAGUUCACACCAGUCUGACCUUUCUCAGCGGCCAUCUUCGCAAUGCCGGGUUCAAUGUGCAAUCCGUCGAUAAAUUCAUCAGCAACAUGAAAGUGUACUGCAUGGAUGCCUACAAUGAUUCACAAGCUGGGGAGCUCAUCCAGUUUUUGAAGAAUGGAGGCUCUCUUCUGAUAGCUGGCCAGGCAUGGCACUGGGCAUCUGGUCAUAAGGGAGUGGAUGUCCUGAAGCAUUUCCCUGGGAAUAGUGUGACCAGUGUUUCAGGGGUCUACUUUACAUCUCACUAUGGAGAGAAAGGAGAGUUCAAAGUCUGCCAAGAGAUACCUUCCAGUUCAGCCUUAGUCCUGGAACUCAAGAACAUCGAGAUGGAUUUACAAAGCCUUUUACUUGGAAUUACGGAAUUCAAUUUAAAUGUUAACUGCAUACCUUCAUCUUUACUGGUCCAUGGCCAGUUAGCAUUUCCUGUUCUCUUGGAUGACCAUAACCAGACUCUGAUUGCAGCAUCUUAUUAUGGAAAAGGCAAAAUCGUUGUGUUGUCACAUGAGGGAUAUCUCACUCAUCUAAAGACAUUUGUUUGCAAUGCUCUACACUGGCUGGGGGCUGAGAAAGGAGCCAAGGUCUGCAUUCAGAAGGACCAAAAGCACCUGUAUGAAACGCUGAUUCAGGAAGGCUUCAGCUGCGAGCUCUCCGAUCUCAAAGGAGGUACAAAUGUCUACUGUUGUACUUCAUACAGUGACCACCAGGCGCACCAGAUCCAUGAGUUUGUAUCAGAAGGAGGAGGGCUUCUCAUUGGUGGCCAAGCAUGGUGGUGGUCCUACUCCCAUCAUGACCAGGAUGCUGUUGCUGGAUAUCCGGGAAACAAAAUCCUCAAUAAAUUUGGAAUUAGCAUAACAUCAUCUACCAUGGACAAUAAGGUUUAUUUAGCCCCCAGAGUUAAAAAAAUUGAACAGGGUUACCAUUUUCGUAAGGCCCUUGUUAGAUUCAUGGAUCACGUUCACAAAAAGACAGCUUUGAAUCAUCUUGAGUCUUCCUGGCUCCACAACCUUGGACGGGAUUGUUGUUCCUUCUUGAAAAUGAAGGCCUCCAGUGAUGCCCAGUACUAUAAUAUGUGUGAGCAUUUGAAAGAUCUACUGAGAAAAUCGGGAAUAACAAUUUGUCCUAUGCAGUACUGGUCUUCAAUGAAACCAGAAGACAAGAUGUUGUUAAAUCUUUGCAAUGAUGUUGGUGAACUUCCACAUAUGCAAGGAGAGUUGCAAACUACGAAGGUGAAAACUUCCCCUGUUGUCCGUGUUCAGGUCAAUGGAACCAACAAAGGGGACACAGCCUGGAGAAGCACUGGCCUGUUCCUGCACGAAGGACACACUGCACAGGUUUGUGUCCCCACAGCAGUUGUUGGAGCUGGCUGGCAAGUACAGAUAGGCUGCCAUUCUGAUGAUUUGAAUCACCUGGAUAAACUGAAGCGCCCUCCAGUGGUGAUCCGAAGAGUGCCUAUUAACUGCGAGAGAAUUUCCAUAUUUAACCUGUGGGGUGGCUUGAUUUAUAUUGUUGUGCCCAAAGGAAGUGAGCUUGGCACUGUCACUAUCACAGUAGAGGGAGCUGCUCCGGCCCCGUACUUCAGACUUGGACAAAGCUGCGUGGCAGAGUGGCAGAAAUCCCUUAAUCUAAAUGCGGCACCCUGGGCAGAACUAGAGGCAGACAAUAUUAUACUGACUGUUCCGACAAACAAAAUCUCCAGUGUCACCAAUCCAGAGCCUCUCCUCAAACUGUGGAAUCGCAUCACCAAGGGCAUUGCUGAACUCGCUGCUGUGCCUGAACACUUCCCGAGGCCUGAGCGCAUUGUGGCCGAUGUUCAGAUAUGUGCAGGUUGGAUGCACUCAGGCUAUCCGGUGAUGCUUCACUUAGAAUCAGUUCAUGAUAUUACUGAUGUACAGUUCAUGCGGAAUAAUCCCAUAUGGGGUCCAAUACAUGAACUUGGACACAACCAGCAAAGGAAUGUGUGGGAGUUCCCCCCUCACACUACUGAAGCCACCUGUAACCUCUGGUCUGUGUACAUCCAUGAGAAGGUCCUGGAUCUCCCACGAAGCAAGGCUCACCCUCAGCUUACUGUAGAGUCCAGACAAAAAAGAAUGAAGACAUACAUAAAAGGUGGAGCCCGUCUGGAGGACUGGACCGUUUGGGUCUGCUUGGAGACCUACUUACAGCUGCAGGAAGGCUUUGGAUGGGAGCCUUUCAUUGCACUCUUUUCUGACUAUCAGAAAAUGUCCAUCAUGGAGAAUUUGGAUAAUAAAGCCAAGAUGAAUCUAUGGGCUGAAAAGUUUUCUCACCAAGUAAAGAGAAACCUCGUUCCAUUUUUCAAAGUCUGGGGCUGGCCCAUUAAAGAUGACGUCUCCAAGAAGCUGGCUGCUCUGCCCGAGUGGAAGAAAAACCCAAUGAAGGCUUUUGCUUGAUAAUAUAAAGCAACUCUGCAUUUUGUUUGCUUUGAUCAAGUCAUGAAAAUGUGACAAAUUGGAAAAACUUGUUUUCUCAUAUAUAUAAUAAUCAGUGUAUUUGCCUUUUUAAUUAAAACAAAAUGGUAAUGCAGUAAACACUUCAUUAAAACUCAUUUAGGAGUUUCAAGUCUAAUGACAAGGCCUACUCUAGCAUAUCAUUAUUUCAUUACCGACUGCUAUAAGAGGAGUGGAAAUUCUCUCAGCAACUGAAAAAUGUGCAACCUGUCAAGAAGACUGCAUGCCAUGUAACUGCUAGAAUCUUUUUAAUCCUGUAUUCAUUCAUUCAUUUUCUAACCCAUGUAUGCAUUUUAUGGUUGUAGGGAGCAAUUGACUAUCCUGCCACAACUUUUCACAAUUUGGGAACGACCCCUGGACUAGCCGUCUCUCCAUCACAUCAUGUCACACCACACUGUCUCACGUGGGCCAGCUUAAGGCAGAUAUGUCUUU